GCUAUGCAGGGCCUAGUCUCCCCCUCCCCCCUAUGAGCGGCGAGAUGGUGAAGCAAACGAUCCAGAUCUAUGCCCGGGUGAAGCCCCUGGCCAGGCGGCAGCAAGCGGGGAUUUAUUCAGUUGGUGAAGAUGAAAAGUCAGCCUCCAGCUUAGAGAUUAUUGUUCCACGUGACUUGGCAGAUGGAUUUGUCAAUAAUAAACGAGAAAGCUACAAGUUUAAAUUUCAGAAAAUUUUUGAUCAGGAGGCAAAACAAGAUGCAGUUUUUGAAAGCAUUGCCAAACCAGUUGCGGAAUGUGCUGUAGCAGGAUAUAAUGGCACUAUCUUUGCAUAUGGACAGACGGGCAGUGGCAAGACUUUUACCAUCACUGGGGGAGCAGAGCGUUACAGUGAUCGAGGCAUCAUUCCCAGGACUCUGUCUUACAUUUUUCAGCAGUUGGAGAAGGACAGCAGCAAAGUGUACACAACCCAUGUUUCCUACUUGGAAAUCUACAAUGAAUGUGGUUAUGAUCUGUUGGACCCAAGACAUGAAGCCUCCAGAUUGGAAGAUUUGCCAAAAGUGACAAUAAUGGAAGACCCUGAUCAGAACAUUCAUCUGAAAAACCUGUCUCUUCAGCAAGCAACCAACGAGGAGGAAGCACUGAAUCUUCUUUUUUUGGGAGACACUAAUAGGAUGAUUGCAGAGACUCCAAUGAAUCAAGCCUCAACUCGUUCCCACUGCAUCUUCACCAUUCACAUCUCAAGCAAGGAACCAGGAUCUGCAACCAUCCGACGCUCCAAGCUGCACUUAGUAGACCUGGCUGGUUCAGAGCGUGUUGCAAAGACUGGAGUUGGAGGCCAACUCCUGACAGAGGCCAAAUAUAUCAAUCUGUCAUUACACUACUUGGAACAGGUAAUAAUUGCCCUAGCAGAGAAACAUCGAUCUCACAUUCCCUACAGGAACUCUAUGAUGACUUCGGUGCUCAGAGACAGCCUGGGAGGAAACUGCAUGACCACCAUGAUUGCAACACUCUCUUUAGACAAAAGAAACAUAGAUGAAUCUAUAUCAACAUGCAGAUUUGCACAGCGAGUUGCACUUAUUAAGAAUGAGGCAGUUCUUAAUGAAGAAAUUGAUCCUAGACUGAUGAUUAUCCAGCUGAAGAAGGUGAUCCAGGAACUGAAGGAUGAGCUGGCCAUGGUGACUGGGGAGCAAAGAACAGAAGAACUCACACAAGAAGAGCUACUUCAGCUGGAGGAGAUAAUUAAAACGUUUCUGGAAGAUCCUGAUCCUGAGAGCAUGCUGGAUGUUGGAGCUGAUAUGCGCAAGAUCAAGCACUGUUUCAAUUACAUAAAGCAACUGAUAAAUCGUACAAACAUUCCUGACAGACGUCUGCUCUCCCCAGACAUCACUGGAGGUGAAGAUACUAAUACCCCAGAGAAGAAAGAGGAGUUAAAGAAGUUGAGAAACCUUCUGCACCAAAGAGAUAAUGAAAUCAAUAUUCUAGUAAGUAUGUUAAAGAAAGAAAAAAAGAAAGCACAGGAUGCCCUCUUUCAGCUCAACACUGGGUCUAGUGGUCUUGCAGUCUCGGAAAGUUCCCUUUCUAUAAGCUUGGAAGAAGGUCAGAGGCCAUCUGCCUGUGUUAAUGUGAAAGAUACACAAGAUUUCAGCUCCUCAGUACAUAGAUCUGCUUUUCUUCCCAGGCGAACAGGAUCAGGAGGAGAAAUGUCACUUGGACGUCAGGAGGCUUUUGAAAUUUUCAAGAGGGAUUAUGUCGACAGCGUAACCAUCGAGGACAACAAACAGCUUCUUAAACAGAGAUACCAAGAUGAUGGGAGUGUAAGAAGUAGGUUUGCUGAAGCAAAAUCCCUAGGAGAAAAAGUAAAUGAAGUAAGAAAUAAAAUAAACCAUCUGAAAGGAGAGAUAACCCAGCGGCACAUGCAAAGGGCAGCUCUAGGUGUUGCCAGUCCUUCUGAAGAGCUAAAUGAAUCUGAUCCCGUGGAAGAGAGGCUUCGAGCACAAAUUGAAGAAGAGAAAAAAAGUUAUAAAACAAUGUUCAAUCGCUUGAAAGGGUUGAAGAUAGAGAUUGAACACUUGCAACUUCUUAUGGAAAAAGCCAAGGUGAAGCUGCAAAAAGACUUUGAAGUCUGGUGGUCUGAGGAGGCAUCGAAUCUGCAGGACCAGCAAGAGAAACUACCAGUGAGCAAUUCAGCAAGUGCCCUGAGGGCUUCCCCCCAGUCUCUUGAAUCCCAGCAACAUCUGUAUGCUAACAGUUUUUCAGAUACCAGUAGAGUCAACCCCAGUGAAGAUCGUGGUAGGAAAAACAACUUGAGCAGGCUCAGCAACUCAACUUCAAAUACAAGGCUUGGGGAACAAGUGAAUUUCUUGUUGCAUUCCAAUACUCCCUUUGUAAAUGAAGAAAUAUGGACAAUUCAAAAAUCUCUCCUCUUCCCCCACCUUCUCUCUCUAAGAACCAGGAACAACUCACCACUUUGGGUCUGCAGCUUGACUGAGAAAAAAUGAAUGACUUGUGUAUGUCAAACCUGUGCAAUCAUAUCUUCAGCAUGGACAAAGAUCAAGCACAACUGAAGCAACUGGACAUGAAAAAAAAACGUUUUGUUUAUUGGGAACGUUAUGGUUAUUUUGUAAAACAUCACAAUUAGCUAGCACUUUUUAAAACCACUUUUCCAUCACUACUAUAAGUGAAACAUUUCUUUGUUGCUGAUGCAAUUUUUUCUCUUUUUCUGAUUGUACUCUGGAAGCGUAUGAAUGUAGUUAUAUGAAAUUCAACAGUUUUGUCCACAGAUGUUUGUACAAACAUUGUUGGGUUUGAUCCAGGUGGGUUUCACAGUUGUGCUGUGCAAAAAUAGUAAAUAUUUGGUUCAUGAAAUUUAGAGUUUUAUUCAGGACCAUUGACUAAUGCCAGCAAAUCACUUUGGUUGUUUUGUUUUAUUUUGUGAGAAAGGCAGUUUUCAUACAAAAUGCCUGAAAUUUUGAGAUCACGUAUUAUAAUAUGAAAACUGAUCUGCAUUGAAGUGAAAUUUCUUAAAUCAAAGUUUCCAGAAAUUUUAGGUCUUUCACUUGGAUCCAUUAAAUUUAAUGUAAAAAUGUAUCGUCCCCAAAAUGUCCAGGUUUAAAAAAAACAAAACAGUGAUAUCUUGCAGGUGUAAUGUAAAAUCAAGACAAUUUUUGCAGAAUCCAAACAAAAUAUGAAAAUGUAAAUGUAAAGUUUUAAUGUUUUGUUGCAAAUACUGUUCUUUGUAUAACCCCACUCUGCAACCCCAUGUCUCACUUUCAGUUUCAGAUUCAAGCAAAUCUAAAACAUAAAAGUAAAAUUUAGUUUCCAAAAUGUACAGAGUUUCAGACUGAAACUACCGCGUUUCAUGCUAUUGAGCAAGUUGCAGUGAUGAAAUCUGAAAGCUCUUUGUUAUUCAUGUACAAAAUACAGAUAACUUGAUUGGUA